AUGGCCGAGGUAUCCCAUCCGGCAGGCUCUCCGCAGCAUUCGCCGGCACCAGCCGAGCGCCGCGGUUCGCCCGAGUCUACACCGGCGCCGACCUCAGUGGAAGAGAAUGCGUUGCCGCCAGCGGAACCUUUACCCACGCUUACAUCUGAGUUGGAGCCUGGGUUGCAGAUCGAAGUUGACGCGGCCGAUGCAUCCGACGUGGAUUCUGCACUAGAUGUUCCCACUCGGGACUCUCUUACCUCAUUACGAUCCAGCCUUCGGCAGUAUCAACAUGAGAACGGACGUACAUAUCAUGCCAUGAGUGCAGGAAAAUAUUUCUUGCCGAAUGACGAGUCCGAGGUCGAUCGACUAGACCUUCAACACUAUGUCAUGACAUUGACGUUGGGGGGGAAUCAUUGUCUCUGUCCCAAGAACAGGGGUGCCAAACGAGUAUUGGAUCUCGGCACCGGCACAGGCAUCUGGUCUGUAGAGUACGCGGAUGCCCAUCCUGAAGCAGAGGUCAUAGGUGUUGAUCUCAGUCCCGUGCAACCUGACCUUGUCCCUCCAAACUGCUCUUUUGAGCUCGAUGACCUUGAAAAAGAUUGGACAUGGUCAAGGCCUUUUGAUUUCAUAUUCUGCCGCAUGAUGACAGGCAGCUUCUCUGACAAUAUGAGUAUCGUGCAGAAGGUAUUCGACGCACUAGAGCCUGGUGGUUAUUUUGAGGCACAGGACAUGGCACUCCCUCUUGGCUGCGACGACGGCACUCUUACCGUGGAUUCGGACCUUUGGAAAUGGGUCCUCCUUGUCAUGGAAGGUAUGGAGAAGUUUGGCCGUCCUGUGAGUGCUGCUCAGCAAUGGAAGCAGCUCAUGGAAGCCGUUGGCUUCGUGGAUGUCGUCGAGACAAUUUACAAGUGGCCGACGAACCGCUGGCCUCGAGAUCAACACUAUAAAGAGCUAGGAAUGUGGAGUCUGGAGAACAUGGACCAGGCUUUAGAACCGGCGACACUUGCACCCCUCACGAGAGCGCUUGGCUGGACCUACGAGGAGGUCAUUGUCUUGGUCAGCAAGGCAAGAAAGGUCAUGAGAGAUCCUACUGUACAUGCGUAUUGGCCCAUGUAG